CUGGAAACCCUGGGUGUGUGCUCAGAACGAGCCCGAGCUCUGCUGAAGCACCCAAAGGUGUCCCGUAAAUGUGUCCUCAUGUCCCCUGCACACCGACCACCUCCACACUUGGCCCGCUCGUGCGCCUCCAGGCAGGUGCACGGCGUGUGGGAAGGGGUCUGGGGCCAGAGGUGAGGCCGUGGCAUCUGUGGUGUUAGUCAAAAGAAACUGCUGACCGCAGAAUCAGAGGAAUCAAGUGCUUCCUGCUUGCUUAAAAAGCUCAUGUCCUGUGUAGGACUUUGGGUCUAGCUCGUGGAGAAGUAUGGGUGCUGAUGAAGCUGUCUGAAGAGGACUGGGCUGCUGCCAACCAGAAGCACAAGGCCUGAGGUAUAAUUUUGGCUUUGUACAUACAAUCUGGACAGAAUUCUUUUGCAAUUAUUUGGCAAACAAUGAAGGUUCUGUUACUGAAGGACCCCAAAGACAAAGAUUCAGGACCAGAUCCGUAUAUUAAAGAAUUAGGAUUAUAUGGACUUGAAGCAACUUUGAUUCCAGUUUUGUCAUUUGAAUUUGUAUCUCUCGAAAGCCUAUUUGAAAAGCUCUCUCAUCCAGAAUCUUAUGGGGGCCUAGUUUUUACCAGUCCAAGAGCAUUAGAAGCCAUCAAGAUCUGUUUGAAAGAGAAUAGUAAAAGUGAAGCCUGGUCAAAAUCUCUUGGACAAAGAUGGAAUAUCAAACCAGCGUACGUGGUAGGAAAAGCUACAGCUUCUCUAGUGGAAGAAAUUGGCCUUUCCCCACAAGGAGAAAAGACUGGAAAUGCUGAAAAAUUAGCUGAAUAUAUUUGCUCAAGAGAGAAACCUAAUUCAUCAUGCCUGCUUUUUCCUUGUGGAGCCCUAAAAAGAGAAGUACUUCCUACAGCACUUAAAGAAAAAGGCAUACCUCUGGAAAGCCUUACUGUAUAUCAAACAACGCAACACACCAAUCUCCAGGAAUCAUUGAGCAGUUAUUUCUCACAACAGGGAAUCCCGGCAAGUGUUGUGUUCUUCAGUCCAUCUGGUGUCAAGUUUUGCCUCCAGCACAUUCAGAAGCUAUCUGGGGAUUUUAUCAACCAUGUGAAGUUUGCUGCUAUCGGUCCAACAACUGCUGAAGCCAUGGAAGCAGCAGGAAUCCCAGUAAGCUGUACUGCAGAGAGUCCAACUCCCCAAGACCUCGCUGCUGGGAUCCAAAAAGCGCUUCGCCUACAGAACUGCAUUUUAUCUAAGAACACAGCACAUAUUUCAGGCUGAGUAUGGUUCUCUAGAAUGUUUUUAAUUUUGCAGACCUCUUGUCCUGCAAGAAAGUAUUGUUUGGGAAUAUGCAACACUGUCCUUGUCAGCAGCUUGUGAGAGCAGCUUGCAUCUAAAUAUCUAAGAAAUCUAGAAUUUGUCCAGCAUGUUUUAAAGCCUCUGGCUAUUCCCCUUCAUCUUAUGUGCACGGUGUAAAUAUUUUAUGCAGGCAUUCCUGGAAAACUAGUUGCAAGAGGCUAAUCUGCAUCAGUGUGUUAUGUUGACAUUUCAGGUUCAGUGUGUUACCUCAGGUAUCUUCCCCUAGUACGCAGGUUUUCAUUCCUGUGUAUAGUCAAUUUUACAUGCACAUCGUCUAUUUUUUCUGUAAAAGAAAAUCAUACUUACAAUGAAGUAUUUUUUUUGUUUUAAAGCUUACUUGUUUGUUUUGCUUUCAAAUAUUUAUCUUAAAGUGAUCGUAGAUCCUCAAUGGAAUAGGACAAUUCCUGGAGUAAAGUUGCACUGUGUGGAGCUGAUAGCAGGUCAGUUAUUGACACUUAAUAUCCUUACAGUACAGGUCUUAAAAAUCAGGUUUUGAUUUCUGUUUCUGUAAAGAAGGAGGAUUUAUUAACAGAAAUAAACUGGCUUGUCGU